CUGCUGCUGACGUUCAAAAAGUUAACCAGAGAGUCAAAGCGCGGCCAUGUUGCUGGCAGUACCAUUAUAACGCGUUGAAAUAGUUUUUUUUCAAAUUUUACCACAGUACCGCUGUCCAUUCUAAAAACCAUGUUUGCAAAGUGCGAUUUCGGGCUUAUAAAAUAGUGUCGUACCAAAUCGUGUCUGUCGAGGCGUACUACCGGAAUACGUGCAUAAAUAUGCCCAUAUAUUAAAACAAACAUAAAUGAUUAGUAUGCAAAACUGAUGUGAAUUUCUCGAAUCGUACUACUUUAUGUGACCUACAUCGACAAGAAAAGGUAUUUACGAAGUAGGUACCAGAGCGACGUAGUACUAUUUUGGAGGUCAUGGUGGCUCGAUAUGAUUUCUCUCAGUUAGAUUGUUAACAUGUCCGGUAAAAAACCAUUUUUAAGCGCGAAAUCAAGCACGGGCGAAGUUGCUCCUACAGGAUCGGCGAAUACGGUACCACCUAGGUACCAGCCACCACCGGUUCCGAACAGUACCGGGAUACUGAAGCAUCCGCCAUCGGCGAAGGAUGCACCUAAAUAUCCUACGAAAAUACCAGAUCAAAAUUUAAAAUAUUAUCCUUUGCCGCAGCAUCAAAAACCAUAUUACCCUAGUCAGUAUCCUCAAGGAAUAAGACCUGAGGAUCAUUCUACUAGGAUUACUCAAGUGCAAGUGCAUCAACCGGAUAGUAGGAGUAGACCCUUGGAUGAACCAGGAAUUCCACAGGUUAAUCCAAACGAGCCAAGAGCGAUUCCGCAAACGUUACCCCAAAACAUUCAAGAUUUGAGAUCGCACAGGCCUCUAGUGAGAUACGAAGAGGAAUUUUUGCGGCCGGAAAUGUUGAAGUUUGUGAGGAAACCUGAAGACCCGAGGAUAAUGCCCAAUGGCCAAGACUCAUCAAGGCACAUGCAAAGUCUCCUCUUAGAUCUUAGAGCGCUAAAAGAACAAAACCAACAUCUGGCUGAUGACAAUCAAGAACUGAGAGAUUUAUGCUGUUUUCUUGACGAUGAUCGACAAAAAGGACGAAAACUUGCAAGGGAAUGGCAACGUUUUGGUCGAUAUACUGCCAGUGUAAUGCGUCAAGAGGUCAGUGCCUAUCAAAGUAAACUCAGAGAGCUGGACAACAAACAACAAGAACUCAUCAAAGAUAAUUUGGAACUGAAAGAACUAUGCUUGUAUCUAGACGAGGAGCGAGGCAACGCCAUUUGCCCCUCUUGCGGAAGCAGUACUACGACAACAAACCUCAGGGAUGACGGGGAUGGUUCUAGUAGUAGUACAAAUGCUGACGAACCCGCUGUACCGCAACAGUUUAAUCCAAAUGGACCUAGAAGGACGGCCAGUAGGGAGAGAUUGUUGCACGAGAAUUUGGCUAGGCAAAGGAGUACAUUUAAUGAUCAAAUAAUGCAAUAUGUCAGAAACCUAGAACAAAGAGUUAAACAGCUGGAAGAGGACAAAAGAUCUUUAACCCACAAAAUCAAUCAAAUUGCAACCACAACCGGAGAUCCUAGUUUGGUGGUACCUGCAGAUCCUCCUGUGGGAGGGCUUGGCGGUAGACCUGAGGCAGUUGUACGUGCUCUUCAAGUUCUUGAAGUAAGAGAACAGUUAGAAAGAGAAGGUAGACCACUGGAAAGGGGUGAAAUAGAUGCUUCGACACAACCCCAGGAUAUGGAUGAUGGACAAAAAGCCCUUCUUUGGGAAAUGUGUAAUGUUGUGUGGAGAAAGCUAGAAGAAGGACCUCCAACAGCUCGACGGUAAAAAUUUAGACGAAAUUUUCUUGCCAGAAAAAUACUCUUAUUUAAAAUGUAUGACAAUAACUUUCUAUCUGUACUAGCUUUAAGUAUUUUUUUUUUUUGUCGAAUCAAAAAAUAAGUGUUAUCGUCCUUUGAAAAUGUUUAUUUAUUAUAAGUUUGUUACUUAAAUUGUCUUCUUUAUUUUAUAACUGAAUGUACAAAAUAAAAUUAUUUUAUUUAGGUUUAUUGUUUUUUUCCAUAGUGAAUGAAACAAUACAUGUUGAAAUAAUUAUACAUAUAUUUCUAAAUUUUCAUAGUCACUACAACAAUCUAAGUCCACCUUAAACUCAUUAAAAAGCUAUAUUCUAUUACACAAGUUCUUACGUUUAGUGCUAUAUAUUUAUUUGAAACGUAAACUUCUGAAAAGAAAAAUAUUAUGGAUCUGAAAAAAGAAAAUGCACACCACAAAUUUAGAACAAUAUAUAAAUAUAAACAUGUGAAAGGCUAUACUAAUUUAAAGUUAAAAAUGUCUCAAAUUUGGUCAGUUGUUGCAUAACAAUCGUUCUAAAAAAUUAUCCAUUUUACAUUGGAAAUAGGAAAAAAAGUUCUAAACUUUGACUAUUGAGACUCUUCAUUUUGAAGAGGAAAAAUCACACAGUAAUAAUUAUAUUCUAUUUCAACAUAUCGCCAAAAAAACGUGAUACUUUAAUUUGGUAUUGAUCUAAGACUAUUUCAAUAGGUUUUUACGGAAACUAUGAUUUAGAAUUAUUUGAGAUUGGUUGAUAUUGAAAGUAGGUGAGUUCAAUAAUAAUCCAACUUAAAGAUGACACCAUUGACAGACGCCCACACGAUCUUCCAUUUGUUAUAAAAGUUUACCUUUAUCUUUUUUUGCUCAAGAAGUAUAAACCAAACUCUACCAUUAUUGUUUUGUGACCAUUUUUACAAAAAACAAAGAAUUUGAUAGUGAGAUUAUGAUAAUCAUAAUUCAAAUUUGACUAACCCCGAUAACUUUUUCUACCAAAGUGAACUAAUCUAAAAUCAUUUUUUUAACGUCAGUAUUUGUGAUUUUUAGUAGUCGAUCAUAGUUUCAGUAAAUACCUCUUGCUUUGAAAUUAUCUUUCAAACUAAAAAGCUGACAAUGAUUUAUUUUGAUUUAUGUAGGUAAUUACUUUUAAAUUUUCGUACAAAUACAGCUUAUUUUCCAUAACAUUUUUUCUUCAAUUCGACACAAAACGUACAAUUCUCUAAUCCUAACCUACCCUUAGUAGCGUCUCCUGCUACCGCCACCACCACCAGCGCCGCCACCGCCGCCCGAUCGUCUAGUACGACCGAAUUCAUCAGUCGACCUCCUACGGGAAGAUUGAGACUGGGAUGACCUGAAGUUAGACCUCUGGCUUCUGCCAGCCCCGUAAUCCUUGUCGCGAUAGUCGCGCUCUCCGCGAUCCCCGCGCUCGCCGCGUUCACCGCGUUCGCCACGCUCCCCACGCUGGCUUCUUCUGUCUCUUCCGUAACUAAAAACCAGACCAAAUACAACCAUAAACAUCAGCCCAUCAUGACACGGCAUCUAAUUUGAUGAUCAUCAUCCAUUCCAUAAUACCAACGCAUUGGGAUAAACUGGAUCGCUAGCCGCCAUCGUGACCACCCAUUUUAACCAACUUUCUUUUACCCAUAAUAUGAUAACCCAAAACAUCAUACCAACUA